AUGGCUCCAGACCCGCCAAAAAUCCGAGUGAUUGUCAGGAAGAGGCCCCUCAAUCGCAAGGAGGAAGAGCGUGGCGACUCUGAUGUGCUGGAGUGUGACUGUGCCACCUCGACGCUGUAUGUGAACGAGCCGAAGCAGAAAGUGGAUCUCACCAAGUUCACUGAAAGGCACACCUUCAGAUUCGAUGAUGUGUUUGGGGAGGAUGUGGACAACGAUGCCCUCUACUGCACCGCCAUCCAGCCCCUCAUCUCCACCAUCUUCCGACGAGGGAAGGCAACCUGCUUUGCAUACGGCCAGACAGGGAGUGGGAAAACGUACACCAUGCAGCCGCUCCCCCUCCGGGCCGCCGUGGACGUGCUGUCGGUGCUGAGCACGCCCGACUUUCACGGGGUGGGGCUGCACGUUAGCUGCUAUGAGAUCUACGGCGGGAAGCUGUUUGACCUGCUGAACGCGCGGAACAAGCUGGAAGUGCGGGAGGACGGCAAGCGUCGGGUGCAGGUCGUUGGGCUGCGCGAGGUGGAUGUGCACGACGUGGAUGUGCUGCAGCAGCUCGUGGAGCACGCCGCCGCCUCCCGCUCGACAGGCAGCACGGGGGCCAACGAUGAGUCAUCGAGAUCCCACUCUAUCAUGGUGUUUGCGCUGCGGAACGGGAACGAGCCCAAGAGGCCGGUGGUGGGCAAGCUCACCUUCAUCGACCUGGCGGGGUCGGAGCGGGGGGCCGACACAUAUGACAACGACAAGCAGACACGGCUGGAGGGCGCUGAGAUCAACAAGUCCCUCCUUGCCCUGAAGGAGUGCAUCCGGGCGCUGGACAGCGACGCGCGACACAUCCCCUUCCGCGGCUCCAAGCUGACGGAGGUCCUGCGCGACUCCUUCAUGGGCAAGGCGGCGCGGACGGUGAUGAUCGCCAAUGUGUCCCCCUCGCUCCUCCUCCUGCGAGCACACGCUGAACACCCUGCGCUACGCCGAUCGAGUCAAGGCACUGCCCCAGCAGCCGACGCGGCGCUGGACGCGGAGCUGUCGGCGCUGAUGGCUGCGGAGGAUGAGCUGGUCGCCGCGCACCGACAGCACAUCGAGGACUCCAUGGCCCACGUGCGGGAGGAGAUGGCGCUGCUGGGCGACCUGGACGGCGGCGGCGCGGCGGGGGACGUGGAGGCCUACGCGGCCGAGCUGACGGGCCUGCUGGCCGAGAAGGCGGCGGCGGUGGCGGCGCUGCAGCUGCGUGUCACCCAGUUCCGGCGCCUGGUGCAGACCACCCUGGAGCGGCACGCCAGGGCUGGGAGUGGCGCCGGGCAGCAGUGA